UUCCCUGUGUGCGCAGUUUUGCUGCAGCCUGGAGCCGAGCACAGCUGUCCGGUGAACCAGCGGCAGACAUCAAUGACUAUCUGGCUACACCGUUAAAUACCAAUCGCAGGCCGCUGAUACUGGACAAAAAGCACGAGUAGACGCCAAAAAGAGCCGGUGAAUAUACUUAUCUGUUGCCUCUACUUUGGUUCUGACCAAGUGGGUAUUCUUCUACAAAUGGAUAAUGGAGACUGGGGCCAUAGGAUGACUACUCCUGUUACGUUAAACGUGGGAGGCCACCUGUACACCACCAGUCUAUCCACCCUGCAGCGCUAUCCAGACUCCAUGCUGGGCGCCAUGUUCCGGGGAGAUUUCCCAACAACUCGUGAUUCCCAAGGGAAUUAUUUCAUCGAUCGCGAUGGAACGCUUUUCCGGUACAUCCUGAACUUCCUGCGGACAUCUGAGCUUACGCUUCCUGUGGACUUCACAGAGACAGACCUCCUGAGGAAAGAGGCAGAUUUCUACCAGAUCGAACCUCUGAUCCAGUGCCUUAACGAUCCCAAGCCGCUGUACCCUCCCGACAUCUUCGAGCAAGUCGUGGAGCUCUCUAGCACUCGGAAACUGUCAAAAUAUUCAAACCCGGUUGCUGUCAUCAUCACACAGCUAACCAUAACCACGAAGGUUCACGGCCUUCUGGAAGGUAUUUCCAACAACUUCACGAAGUGGAACAAACACAUGAUGGACACCAGAGACUGCCAGGUGUCGUUCACCUUCGGACCGUGUGACUAUCAUCAAGAGGUGUCCCUAAGGGUUCACCUCAUGGACUAUAUAAUGAAACAAGGUUUCACCAUUCGGAACACGCGUGUGCAUCACAUGAGCGAGCGUGCAAACGAGAACACGGUGGAGCAUCACUGGACUUUCUGUAGACCAGCUCACAAAGUUGAAGACUGAGUCCCAGCACAGCGGUGGCACUGCUGUUAAAUUUGUCUUCAUAUUACACAAGUCCUGAUGACGAAAACAAACAAAAUCGACCUCUGUUUCAUUCAUGUAUCACUAACAAUGAUUUUUUUUCUUGCUUCAGCCAAUGUGGAAUAGUGCACAAAGCCGAAAGUCCAGACGGCAAAAAACAAUGAAAAUGUGAAUUCUUGAUUCAUUCGCCUGUUCAAGCACAAUACUUUCUCAUUAGUACUACAAAGUACAUAUUAGACAUUUCUUGAAAAGGGAUGCAUCUUUGAUUGUAAGGUCUGAAAACUACAAACAGCAUUUCAUAAGAGGCAGAAAGGCCAUGAAGGUAAUACAGUUAUCUGGUUAAGGACACUGUAUUAUCAUAGCGAUGCUCACAUGUGGGUAGAAAGAUUUUUAUAGGAAUAAUUGUGGUUAAGAAAUCCAUAAUAAAGUGAUAGAAGUACAUAUGAUUGGAUCCUACAUGUGGUAUCAGAUCUUAAUAAUAAUAUAAGUUUUAACCACAAUUUUAUAGGAAACCGUGAAAAAGAGGGAGAUUGUAAAAGCUGUCUUGGUCACAAGUUAGGUCAAAUUUUGAGCUCAUGACACUGAACAAGACCUCUAAGAUGUCGGGAGUUUACUUUUUAUAAUAAUCAUAGCAGCUUAUGAUUAUGUUUAGCCUAGUAGUUUUCUGGUGAGUUUAGAGUAGAUCUUAAAAUUAGUCUCUUAGGUCUGUAUUAUCCCCUUGUAUGGUACUAUUUCUAGCCCCUAGUAGUUGUUGCAUGUGUCCCAGCGUCUUGUGUAUGUAAACUGUAUGUAUCUGCUGUGUGUGCUUUACAAUGUCAUACGGUUUCGUUUUAGAGCUCAUAUCAACAGUGAUGUGUUUGGUCAUCCCAGCCAAAAAUAAACCCAUUUGUGUAUUUGA